ACUCGGACUCAGUCUGCCAUUGCGAUAGGUUCUCGCUCACCCUCUCACUGAUAUCGGAUCGUGAUUAUGGCCAAUGUGAUUAGCAACUAUCUGUCCGGGGUUGCUGGUGAUUAUGCUUGAAUUCCAACUGAAUGAUCGCGUCUUUGAACAACCCUUCGCUCCAUCCAAAUAAUUCAGCAACUGAACCCCACUCGAACCUUCAUCCGAAUAACCUCGUCCUAACAUGCGAAUUCCACCCGCCAGUGUCCUGGCGACAUGGCCCACGCCUAACUAUGUCGACCCUGUCACUCGUGGAAACUAUGUGCUUAUCGUCAGCGUUGUCCUCCUCAGCGUCGCAUUCGUUGUCACCUGCCUCCGCCUCUAUACGCGUUUGAGGAUAACGUGCACCUUCGGUUUCGAUGACAUUCUCAUCAUUUGGGCCCUUGCUUUCGCAAUUGGAAUGUGCGCUGUAACAUCUAUAGCAACUGAAAACUACGGUUGGACCCGACACAUCUGGGAUAUUCCACCUUCUUGGCUGCCAGCUGUCAACAAACUCAACCUCGCAUUCCAAAUGCUCUUCUCCUUGUCGUCCAGUAUCACAAAGCUUUCUUUGUUGUGGUUCUGCAAGCGUUUACUUGGAGCCGGAAGCAAAGGCCUAUAUUCCUCUUACAAUAUUGUGCUGAUCAUCGGCAUGGUCAUCGUGCUAAUAUGCUGUCUUCUAUUUCUCUUCAUCUCCAUCUUUCAAUGCUCGCCUAUACGCGCAUACUGGGAAGUGGCACCCACAUACUCCUUCCAUUGCCUCAACGACGGUGCUGCUGUGUUCUCGGCCAGUGUCGUGAACAUUUUUACUGAUUUCCUCACCACCGUUCUCCCAAUGCCAUUGAUCUGGAAUCUGAAGAUGCCUGCUCGACAGCGAGUUGCUGUUAUCUCAAUCUUUGGCUUGGGAAUCGUGGUUAAUGUGGCUGGCUCCAUCCGGACAGUUUACGUCUGGAAGAGCAUGGUGGCUUCAUAUGAUACUACUUGGGUGGGCUGGCCUGUCCUUCUCGCUGCUUCAAUAGAGAUCAGCAUGGGCUUGAUCUGCGCUUCUGCCCCUGCGUUGAGGCCCCUUGUCACCUUCUUUCUGCCCCGUCUUCUCCAGUCCAGUCGCCGCUAUGCAUCGUCUUAUGGCCGGAAGAGCCUUCCGCCAAAGGGAUGGUCUUCGAGCGCGCCUACCAAAGAAUCAAGAAUUGAAGAUCGCCAAUAUGGCUAUCAAGGCGACACCAAUGUCGAUCGGUUCGAGGUUCUGCGUACGGUGGAGAUGGAGACUUGGUCUGAGAUCAAGAAGCCUGGGCAUGCCGACAGUAAUCAGCCCUCGUCAAUAUCGAACCAUAUGCGGGUUGCAACACCUACACAUCACGUGGAAUUGAAGAACCACGGUGUGGUCUACACGUCGCCUGGUAGCGACAAGUCUACUGCUUCCCUUACUCGAGACUUGAACUCGAACACCGAACGGUCGGUGACUGACCGGUCGACGACUGACGAUAAGAACUUCUUCUAGUUCUUUCUUCGAUUCGAUUAAUAUUCUUAUCAUGUCUUAUACAACCGAGUUCCGUCAUCACGAUGAUAAUGCUUAACGAUCGUAAUCGUGUUCAACACAUGUACGCAUCACGUCUACGCACAGCGCCGUGCACUUCUGGCAAGACCCAUUCCUUUUCUUUUUUGUAUACAACGAUUUAUAUCUACAUUCUGUGUGUAAAUUUACUUCUAUAACACCCAAGUUAUGCGCUCG